AUGUACACAAAGAUAUCACAUUACUUGUUUAUCUAUAAACACAUCUGUGUGUCUAUCUAUCUAUUUAUCUAUCUACCUACAUAUUUGACUAGAACGACUCUCUCUGUGUCUUUAUUCCACUCUCUCUCUCUCUGUGUCUUUAUUCCACUCUCUCUCUCUCUGUGUCUUUAUUCCACUCUCUCUCUCUCUGUGUCUUUAUUCCACUCUCUCUCUCUGUGUCUUUAUUCCCUCUCUCUCUCUGUGUCUUUAUUCCUCUCUCUCUCUCUCUCUUUCUUCCUCUUCUCUCUCUCUGUCUCUUUUAUUCUCUCUCUCUCUUUUUUUUAUUCUCUCUCUCUCUCUGUGUCUUUAUUCUCUCUCUCUCUCUCUCUGUGUCUUUAUUCCUCUCUCUCUCUCUCUGUGUCUUUUAUUCCUCUCUCUCUCUCUCUCUCUCUUUCUCUCUCUCUCUCUCUCUUCCUCUCUCUCUCUCUCUCUCUCUCUUUUUCCUCUCUCUCUCUCUCUCUCUGUCUUUUUCUCUCUCUCUCUUAUUUUUUAUUCCACUCUCUCUCUCUCUCUGUCUCUUUAUUCCACUCUCUCUCUCUGUGUCUUUAUUCCUCUCUCUCUCUCUCUCUCUGUGUCUUUAUUCCUCUCUCUCUCUCUCUCUGUGUCUUUAUUCCACUCUCUCUCUCUCUCUGUGUCUUUUUUUCUCUCUCUCUCUCUCUCUGUGUCUUUAUUCCUCUCUCUCUCUCUCUGUGUCUUUUUAUUCUCUCUCUCUCUCUCUGUGUCUUUAUUCUUUCUCUCUCUCUCUCUCUCUGUGUCUUUCUUCCUCUCUCUCUCUCUCUGUGUCUUUAUCUCUCUCUCUCUCUCUCUGUGUCUUUAUUCCUCUCUCUCUCUCUCUCUGUCUCAAAAUUUCUUCUCUCUCUCUCUCUCUCUCAUCUUUAUCUCUCUCUCUCUCUCUCUCUGUCUUUUUCUCUCUCUCUCUCUCUCUGUCUUUAUUCACUCUCUCUCUCUCUCUCUUCUCUUUAUUCUCUCUCUCUCUCUCUCUCUUUAUUCUUUUUCUCUCUCUCUCUGUGUCUUUCCUCUCUCUCUCUCUCUGUGUCUUUAUUCCACUCUCUCUCUCUCUCUGUGUCUUUAUUCCACUCUCUCUCUCUCUCUGUGUCUUUAUUCCACUCUCUCUCUCUCUCUCUGUGUCUUUAUUCCACUCUCUCUCUCUCUGUGUCUUUAUUCCACUCUCUCUCUCUCUGUGUCUUUAUUCCACUCUCUCUCUCUCUGUGUCUUUAUUCAACUCUCUCUCUCUCUCUCUUUAUUCCUCUCUCUCUCUUGUUUUAUUCCUCUCUCUCUCUCUCUGUGUCUUUAUUCCAUCUCUCUCUCUCUCUGUGUCUUUUAUUCUCUCUCUGCUCUCUGUGUUUUUUUUUCUCUUUAAAUUUUUUAUUUUCUCUCUCUCUGUGUCUUUAUUCCAAAAGAAUUUUUCUCUUCUUCUUCAACUCUUUUGUCUUUACUUUUAACAUUUCCAUCUUUCCUCCUCAUUCAUUUCACUCUGAACAGACAUUUUCUUACCCCAAUAUUUUCUCUUUACCCUCUUACUUUUCCUGUCAUUCUACCCCAACCCCCAUUCUUUUCUUCAAUUUUUCACACCUCACCAACACUCUAUCUAUUCAUAGUUGGUCAUAA